AUGUCUUCUCACGGAAUGAAUGUUCCCCAGUUCUAUCCAACCCGCGCCCACUGGUCCGUCACGAACACCUUGGGCCGCGACACCGCCUUCCGGAACAUGGACCGCCUUGCCGAGCUGGAAGAGGAAGGUCUUUGUGAGCUGUCGGAGGCGCAACGCGCCGAAAGGCUCUACCGCGUGGCCAAGAAGGAUGGCUGGACGAUGUAUUUGUGCUGGAUCUGGCAUCAACCGGAGGACAUUGCUCUGGAAUGGGAUCGUGCGGAUGUGAUGCCUGUCAAGGACUCAGACGACCGUCAAGCCGCGAACGCGGAAGCGAGUGAGGCGUGGACCGAAGGCCGCAUGAACGCGACGUUCGGGAUGUGGGAUUGGAAGAAGGGCGUGCGUGGUGCGGAAGAGAAGAAGAGGAACGGUGUGGCGGACGAUGUGUACGUGGGGCCGAGGAACGAGAGAGAUGCGUGCUGGGAGCUCUUGGCGGAAGAGGAGUGGUGGGAGUGGUGGGAGCGGUGGAGAGGGCAGGCGCAGGAGGCCGAGUUUGUUCGCGUGGCUGUGGUCGUUAUUCGCGGAACGCUUUCGGAGGAAGAACAGGGCGGCGACGAGCGAGGAUGUUCAGAUGCGGGAACCCUGCAUGUCGGGGGCACUGUAGAGCGGUCGCUCUGUGAUUGGCUUCCCGUCCGUUGA